AUGAAACUCCUUGUGAUAUUUAUCGUUCAUGCCAUCUGUAUCCCAUGCUUUUCCUUUGACGUACCAGGAAAGGAUCUUCCCUUAACCCUAGAUUAUUACAAGUCUACUUGCCCAACCGUAUUUGACGUAGUCAAGAAAGAAAUGGAAUGCAUGGUGAAGGAAGAUCCAAGGAAUGCAGCCAUACUUAUCCGUUUACACUUCCACGACUGCUUUGUCCAAGGAUGCGAUGGAUCGGUGUUACUAGAUGAAACAGAGACAUUUCAGGGAGAGAAGAAAGCCUCUCCCAACAUAAACUCACUGAAAGGAUACAAAAUCGUAGACAGAAUCAAGAACAUAAUUGAAUCCGAAUGUCCUGUAGUCGUUUCUUGCGCUGAUCUUCUUACAAUUUCUGCUAGAGAUGCUACAAUGCUGGUUGGUGGGCCUUACUGGGACGUUCCUGUGGGAAGAAAAGAUUCAAAGACAGCAGGCUACGAGUUUGCCACAUCGAACAUUCCAACUCCCGAAGAGGGUCUGAUCAGCAUCAUCUCUAAAUUCCAUAAUCAGGGUCUCUCUGUUGAAGACAUGGUCGCUCUUUCUGGAGCCCACACGAUCGGGAAGGCACAGUGUCGGAACUUCCGAUCCCGUAUAUAUGGAGAUUUUCAUUUGACGUCAGCGCUAAAUCCUGUGUCGGAGACGUACCUAGCGAGCCUCAGAGAGAUAUGUCCUGCGAGCAGCGGAGAAGGUGGCAGCAACGUGACGGCGAUGGACAAUGUGACGCCGGAUCUCUUUGACAACUCGAUCUACCACACGCUGAUGAGAGGAGAAGGGUUGCUGAAUUCUGACCAAGAGAUGUACACGAGCAUGUUCGGGAUACAGACACGGCGGAUAGUGAGCAAGUACGGAGGAUCAGGUGGCUUUAAUUUCUUUGAGCAAUUCUCCAAGUCGAUGGUGAAGAUGGGGAACAUUUUGAAUUCUGAGAGUUUCGUUGAUGGAGAAGUUCGAAGAAGUUGCAGAUUCGUUAAUACAUGAAGAUAUUCAUUAACAAAACUAUUUUCCUAUAAUUUAUUAUUUUAAAUUGAA